AUGGGCCCACCACCUGCUUCCGCUGCCGUAGUGUCCGCCGCGCGCCCCGUGGUGCGCGGCGGCGAAACCCUAAUUUUUCAUCCCGCCGCGCCCUCGAAGCGUGCGGCGGUUUUCUGCCCGCCGUGCGCGCUCGGAGCGUGCGGCGGUUUUCUGCCCGCCGUGCGCCCCGAGGCGCGCGGCGGUUUUCUGCCCGCCGUGCGCCCCGAGGCGCGCGGCGGCUUUCUGCCCCGUCGCCCCCGCGUCGCCCCGCGUCGUUCCCGUCGCCCGCGGACCCCCGUUCCCGUCGCCCGCGGCCCCCCCGUUCCCGUCGCCCGCGGCCCCCCCGUUCCCGUCGCCCGCGGCCCCCCGUUCCCGUCGCCCGCGGCCCCCCGUUCCCGUCGCCCGCGGCCCCCCGUUCCCGUCGCCCGCGGCCCCCCGUUCCCGUCGCCCGCGGCCCCCCGUUCCCGUCGCCCGCGGCCCCCCGUUCCCGUCGCCCGCGGCCCCCCGUUCCCGUCGCCCGCGGCCCCCCGUUCCCGUCGCCCGCGGCCCCCGUUUCGUCGCCCCGCGCCCCCCCUUUCGUCGCCCCGCGCGGACGCCAGCGCCACGGCCAGCCGCGAGCGCCAGCGCGGCCCCCUGAGCGCGUGCCGCUCAGCACCGGGCGGAACCACCGCUCGCCCGGCCCUGCAGGCAGUUAAUUGGCGCGCGCGGAGCGCUGCGGCUGCGGCCAUCUCUAAAAUGUUCUGA